CAACGUAGGUAAAAGUAAAGGUGGAGUCUGAGUACCUGAAAUCUGAAACAGAAAGUCCUGUCAAAAGCUACCCCUGGAGUGGAUUUGUUUUAACCCCGAUCAGGACUUGGGCCCUCCAUUUGGUGGAGUCAGGGGAGGCCUGGCCGGGCGGGAGGCGAGGGCUGGAGGGCGGCGAGGGCCCUCUGCGCAGAGUCCGAGGGGAUGAGGCGCGCCCCCGUCUGGGUGCAGCUGGAGGCCGCCCCGCUCAACAAGUGCCGGGUGCCAUGGCAACGGCGGGAAUUUCCCGCGGGAGGCCGGAAGCAGCCCUUGCUGGGCUCGCGGCAGCGAAAGCAAAAUCCAUCUCUGCCGGGGGAGCAAAAUGGACGAAAGGCGAACGAGGCAGGGGCGCUGGGUGCCUUGGGAACCCAAGGAAUCCCUUCUCUUUGCCAGUCAGAGGGGACUAGAGGGAGCCGAAGGGGCCGGAGAUGGGCCGAGCGCUGCCCCCCGGGGGUCCUCGGCGCCGGGCGCAGCUUACGAGCUCAGCGCAGCGGGCUCCAUUCUCGGCCGCCGCCGCUCAGCCCAUUACGCAAACCCGGCGGGUCCAACCAACCCCGCUCUGCCGCCGCUGCUGGAACCCAGGAGGCAUGCUUGGAGGCUUCGGGCACUACGCGGGGCUGGAUAUACCACGCACUGCCCUUUCGCCUAGACCGCUCGGGCCAAGCGGGUUCUGCCCUCAAAGCUCGUGGCUGCGCCAGACUUGGGGGUGGGGGGAGGGGAAGGCGCGAGGCUGGCGCCCCCUCCCCCCUUUGGCUCCCGCGUUCGUUGCAGCAGCUGUUGCCAAAUGAACCCCAGAAUGGGGACGCAACCCUCCACCCCACCCCCAGCCACACAUGUCGCGGUCAGAAAACUGAGAAGGGGGCGCUGGGUCCGAGGUUCUGGAAAAGCAAGAACUCACCUGCAAACAGGCAGUCCUUCUCAGCUCUGGACUUCUGGAUUACGACGUCGAUAUCCUUCUGAAUUCGUUCUUGCCUUGAACCCAUCCCCAUUAAAUAAAUCCCUGGAAAAGAAGUAGCCGCUAUUUCCACCCCACCCCACCCCCCUCGCACGCUUCCAACUUUCGUAAAUAUUCAGUUAAAAAUGAAACCUCUGGCCGAGGCAGGGGCUGAAGGCCAAGUGGUUUCGGAAGUGAUCCUGGGUGAGAGGAGGUGGAGGAGGAGGUGGAGGAGGAGGAGGAGGGGGAGGUUGGCUUUGCAUUCCCAGAUGUGACCGCCCAGCUGCUGCUCGCCGUUGCUGGAUUCCAAUUUCCUCUCCUUCUGACAAUGGAUUGGUGAUGACACCGAGUCUCACUUUCUCCCUCCCCUGCCCGGACCAACGGCCGUGGGGGGCCGAGGAUGCCGGGGACGGCGGGAGAGCUAUCAUCGGCUGGGCGGCGGGCGCCGGCGACGGGCGAGCCCCCCUCCGGCUCACGCGCGCACACUCCUCACGGCCCGCACUCCGGCCUUCCACACCCGCGCACACUCGCGCCCGCGGGCGGCGGCAGCCGUGCCCAGGCCGCUGCAGCGCCGCCCGCCCACCGAAGACCCUCCGCGCCAGCCGCCUAGUCACCCGGCCCGGCCGCGGGCCGCCGGGGCUCGCAGAGUAUCAGCCAUCUCGGGCAGGAGUCGCGUCUCCCCACCCCGACCUCCACUGGCGCCGGGAGCUGAGCGGCAGUGUAGGUAGCGAAGACUCCCUGGGGCUCCCAGCCUUCCCUCUCCGCGCCCCUCCCUCCAUCACUUUUAUGAAUUUGACUCCAAUUUCUAAAGGAAUUAUGAGUCUUGUGGCAAACACAAACCGGAGUGGCUGGGAGGGGGAAAAGGGGGGAAAAGAAAAUCUUUAAAAAUUAAAAAAAUAAUAAAACAAACAAAUCUUUA